UUUUAAUAUAAGUUGUCGCUUUUUAAGUGUAGUGGGAGUAGCUUAAAAGAUGGCUCACGACCGAACGAGGUAUAUAUUAUCUAUGGCUUUAGGGAAAAAUGAAAACCUAUCUUUACAAAAGGAUACGAUUGAUGCCAAUCUUGCUACGUUGGAACCCAUUGCUAUAAAUACCGUCGAUCAGGGAAGUAACUCUUCAGACUACGUGUUGCAGGAAUUACAGCCUAUAUCCCAUUAUUUAUCAGCAGAAAAUGUUAAUCAAGAUUUUUUUAACAUUGAGGCAUCCUGCUCUAUUUCAAAUAACAAGGUUUCGAGUUGGCUAGAAAUUAUUAAUAUUGACGACAUUAUUAUUGAACCUUUUGACAACACUAAUUCAGUACAAAAGGACUCAAGUAACAUUAUACUGGCAGCAACGGAAUCUAUUAGGCCAACAACACCGGAUGCACCUUUACAAAUGUUAGGUGGCGAUCAAGCAAGUCACAAAGAGUCUGUAAAUUCAAUAGAUGAUACUGAUGAAGAUGACGAGGUCGAGGAGUUGUGUUUAGCUCAACUUGCUAAGAAAUUAAAAGUAUUACCGCAAAGUCAGAAAGAUGUAGACCCAGAAGAAAACAUGGAAAAAAAAGAAAAGUCUGCAUUGACUUGAAGACCAGGAAAUUUAAUUAAGGUAAAGUUAAUGGCUGAAAAAUAUCCGGUGCUGUCUGGAUGUAAAACUAACUGCAAAAAAAGUUCUUCUUCUAUUAUAAGCGGAGAGACAAGGCGCAAAAUAAACCGUGAAUUUUGGAAAGUUUCAAAAAGGGACAGAAAAUGUUUCAUUCUAAAUAGCUGUAAGCGAUUAAUAGUAAAUCGAAGAACGGGAGAAUAUGUUGCAAGAAAAACUAACACGUUUAAGUAUUAUCUAGAUAAUGAGCAAGGUGAGUCUGUAAAUGUAUGAAAAACCUUUUAUUUAACUAC